CUCUCUCGUGGGAACAGACAGCGAGAUAAUUAGCAAUCUAUGUGACCCUGAGUUGAAUGAUAAAUAGCUUGUUAACCGAGUAUACAUAUAAACACGUGUUGUGUAACAAAAGGUGAAAUACAUUGACUUGUUAUGCAUAUCUGUGCAUAUCCAACGAUACUUGUGAGUUAAAGUGAGCUGGAUUUACAGUGUGGAACAAAAUUUAUAUGGAAAGGAAUACUAGUGUUACAUGGAUAAAACAGUGAAGUGUAGCACUAUUUGAUAAAAACGGAAUUUGCAGAGAAUUCUCCCACGAAGCUGUUUUCGUCUCAAUCCUCGCGGCGGCCGCGUCGUUACGACGCCCGCUGGCCGCUAUUAUAUGAGAGUCACAUGGCUGUGCGUGGCGGCGUUGUGCGGCGUGCUAAGCACGCGCGCCGACGCGCCGCCGCCGAGCGAGCUGCGAGUCACCAGCGCCGUGCUUGGCGAUGACGGCGUCGGCGCGGCGCUACGGGAGUUGGCGGCGGCGGCGUUAGCGGCGAGAGGCGUGCGCGCUAGGGCUGUACCUCCGCCGGAAGAAUGCCUUGCCCCGGCGUCGCGCAUAUGCCACAUAGCUGUGAACCGUCUCCUCACUAAGGGCAACCUUACUGCUGCUAUACUACCCACGCCCGCCGCUGAAGCGCCACUUGACGCCAUGGAUGGCUACGGUCUCGCCGGACUCGGCGAUGCAGCGCCGCCGGCGCGGCGAGUAUGCCACGCGGGGGGUCCGGCUGCGCCGCGCGGGGCAAGAUCUCUACUCGACCUAGUGGAUGAAGACGUCGCCGCGCUUUAUGAGUUGACGCCGAUGGAGAUUGCCAGCGUGUUCGCUAAUACCUCAAAAUGGGACGGAUUAUCGUAUCCAAAUGGGACGGAAGCGCUGAAAGUAUGUACGACAGGACGCUGCGCGACGCUUCUCACUAGUACCACAACUGAAGCGAAGGAACUAGCUAUCCUAGCUCACGCUUACUCACUCCGCGUACGCGUAGUUCCUCUGGGCAUACAUCUAUCUGCUGUUAAAUUACAUCGCCCAUUCAUCGCCUGUGAUGCACUGAACGUACCUCCUGGCCGGCCGCUCGGCCCACCACCCUGCACUAACUCCAAAGAUAUUGCUUGCAUUUUCGAGCCAUACCGAGUACUAAAACGUGUCAACAGACGUGCUCCUGAGCUAACGUUAAGCGCGUUACGCGUACUGACUAGGCUAAAGUUGGACGAACACCAGUUAGCAGUACUGGGUAAGGAAGCGCGAGCACGCGGCGCGGUAGCCGCAGCAAAUGAGUUUUUAUCGAAGAAUCCACUAGCGGUCGGCGCUAGCGAAGUACGCGUGUUGGUGAUGCUGCCGGACAAAACGCCGCGUGAAUUACAAUUAGAGCCACGAGCGCUAGCCGCCGCUGCCGCUUUGGCUGAGUUGGAUGAACAGAGCUCAUCACACGCUACGCGUUUUAAAGUUGAAACUUUUGAUGAUGAAUGUUCAGGAUCUACGGCCUAUAAACAUCUGUCGGAUGCGCUAGGUACAGGUGAAUACGGUGCGUUAUCGGCGGUAGCCGGGCCGGCUUGCGGCGCAGCGUUUGCGGAUGUGGCUAAGCAAACAAAAUCGCAUGUGUUGCCGGUGCUGGCAUAUACGCCGCAGGCUGCAGAAGGGCCGUAUGUACUGCGUGCAGCAGGCGAUGCGCGUGACGAGGCUGCCGCUCUAGGAGCAUUACUAUCAGCGCAGAGCUGGCGCCGAAUAGCCGCGCUUACUGAGCCUAGUACACGCGCGUUGCUGGACUCUGCUAGCUUGCGCGCCGACGUCGUUGUGCACACCGAGCUGCCCGACGCGGAUGUCGUGGGUGACGAUGUGGUUGGAAAUAACGCCGCCUAUGUGACAGAGACUCUUGACGACAAAACCAAACUAGAGCCAGAUUACGAGUUAAUAUCUCAGUGGGCAACUCGCGCAGCAGCAGCAGGUGCGCGUAUCCUUCUAGUAUGGCCUGAAGACGCGCGUGCACUUCGCGGGGCAUUAUGUGCAGCCCGGGAAGCUAAGCUCACACCGCAGGCCGGCGCGGUGUUCCUCCUCCCACCGCUAGCCCCUUCUGCCCUCAUCCGAGCCGACACUGAUAAGCACCCCUGCUCGACCGAGCAGUUGCAGGAGAUGGCUGACGGCCAUAUUAGUCUGCGGCCCGCUUGGCAGAUGGACUGGAUGCCGCCCGCUGAUUGGGCUGAGCGCUGGCGUACACAGUGCAGAUUUCAGCCGGUGGUCGGUCCAUGUUCUACGCCUACACCAAACGCGGCACUUCUGUACGACGUACUGCGUCUUUGGGCUGCUGCACUCUCCCGCUUGCUCACGCGCAAGCCCAGCGCUCUUGAUGACCUGCAUCAGGAAGAGAUCAUCAAAUCACUGAUAGCCGAUGUGGAAAGUCCAGAGCACAACUAUACUGGACUCACAGGACAGUUUGCGUGGGGCAACGGCGCACGAACGAUGCCACUGCGGUUGUUGCAGUGGGACAACGGCACGCAGGCGUACUCUGCCGUCGGUGAUUGGGCAAGCACAUUAAAACUGACGCCAAAUGCGAUCCGCUGGCGGACGCUUGACGGCUUGCCUCCGAACGACGGCGUAGAGCCUUGCGCAUUGCAGCCACUAGCGGACGCUCUACACGCAGACUGUCGCGUUGCACUUGGAACGCUUCUAGCACUACUACUGGCCGGGCUUGCAGCCGCGCUCGGCGGCGCUGGGUGGCUUCUUAAACGACGUCUAGAAACACGCUACCGCGCUCGCUUAGCUGCCCUCGGCUUGUCCACAUUAGCACCUAAACUGGACGCGCUCGACCGCUGGGAAUUACCACGAGAGCGUGUCGUUAUCAACCGCAAGCUCGGCGUCGGCGCGUUCGGUACAGUGUACGGCGGGCAUGCACUACUAACUGAACGACGUGCUUGGACCGCCGUCGCCGUCAAAACGCUCAAACCCGGCGCUGGCAUGGCAGAAAAACUAGACUUUCUUGCUGAAGCUGAAGCUAUGAAGAGGCUUGAACAUCCCAAUGUUGUGAAACUACUAGGUGUAGUCACGCACUCAGAACCAGUCUGCACUGUUAUGGAGUUCAUGUUAUAUGGAGAUUUAAAGGGAUACCUUCUGGCGCGGCGGCAUUUGGUGGAUGAAGGAGGCGAAACCGCGGAUGAAGUAUCGCCAACCCGACUGACGGCUAUGGCUUUAGACGCGGCGCGUGCGCUCUCAUACCUCGCUCAACUCCGCUUCGUACAUCGUGACGUAGCUGCCCGUAACUGCCUGGUGUCAGCUCGGCGGCAGCUUAAGCUGGCUGACUUUGGCAUGGCGCGACCAGUAUGCGAGAGUGAUUACUACCGGUUCAGCCGCAAGGGUCUACUUCCCGUGCGCUGGAUGGCACCCGAAUCACUUUCUCGAGGCGUUUUCUCUCCCGCCUCAGACGUAUGGGCGCUCGGUGUUCUGCUGUAUGAGAUCGUGACGUUUGGAGCCCUACCGUAUCAAGGGCUCGGUAACUCACAGGUGCUGGCACGCGUCACACGAGGACGAUCGCUUCGUCCACCGCCUGGAUUGCAGCCUAACCUAGAGGGGCUGAUGAAGUCCUGCUGGCAGCAAGAGCCGGCGGCGCGUCCAAGCGCGGCGGCAGUCGCCGCUUUCCUAGCUGACUCCCCGCGUCUGUUGACGCCGUGUCUUGUCGCGUUCGACGUUCUGCCGCUCGACCCGCCGCGGCCGUCUGAACACUCUGAACAUGAGCAGGACCUACAAGAACGCUGGGUGUCGUGGGCGGCGCCGCCGUCCGCCGCCACCGACACAACGUACCUCAGCGCCGACGCCGACGCCGACACGGAGCCAGAAUCACCCGGCGUCGAUGUGCCCGUCGAAACACAGCGGUUCCUCCCUUGACAUAUCAGGAGAUUCAUGAGUCUAUUGCAUAAAAACUUACGAGCUAAACCUUCUAUAAAGAUAAACUUCAAAAUGUUCGAAAUGCCCAAUAGAUGACGCCCUGCUGUCACCCCUAUUGGCAAUGAAAAUUAAAUGACUUGAACUGAAAUAGAUGUACAGUCGCCAUCAGAUAUAUCGGGGCGGAUAAGGCGCUCACAAAUAUCUGAACACGCCUCUAUUGUCAAGGCGUUAGAGUGCGUGUGCAGAUAUUUGUGAGCACCUCGGACGCUCCGAUAUAUCUGAUGGCGACUAUAUAUACAAAAUAAAAAGUGAUAAAGCCCUCUGGUGGCCGACGCCGGAAUCGAACUGGCGUCUUCUGCUCACGCGACUUAUGUCUUGACCACUAGACCACCCGACUGCGGCGGUCGACGUCUAUCUUUGGUCAUAAGACUCAUAAGCAUAACAAUGUGUAUGAAACAAUGAUAUAAAUGGUUACUUAUUUGUUUAAUAUUUUGAACAUUAUUCUCAGGUAAUGUUCUCUAAUAAUAAUAUGUAUUGUAAGGCCACUAAGUAAGUACUUACCAAAAGUUAAGUCUUUGGGGUUUUUCAUACACAUCUUUACAGUUCUAACCAAAAAUGGAAAGUAAUACUUAUGGCGUUAUUUUUUUUUAACACAAUAGUUAAGCACUGUACAUGUUUAUGCAAUAGUACAUUACGAUACAGUGCGAAAACUCGGAAAUUCGCAACUAGUGGCGAUAAAUUAAAACACGACUGAAGGGAAUGUUUUAAAUCGACACGAGUUGCGAAUUACCUUUUCGCAUGUGUAUUGUACAACGUUUUACAGUACAUAUCGGCCGUUUAAAUUUACGACAUACGCACAACAUAUACGAGGGUUGCACUGAAAAUGUCGGGAAUAGAGAAAACUGUCGCAUCUAGACGGUCAAUCUUUAUUUUAAUACAUACUUAAACUCAAACUGACCACGCAUAUAAAUUUUCUUUUGAAAGUAAUCAUUCUGUAAUGCACACGGCUCAUAAUCCCAAAGUCCUUUUUGUAUGGCGAUUUUGGGGCCUUAGUGGUUUUGUAUGAAAUUCGUGGAGUAGCCAACGGAAUUGAAGUUUUUUUACAUAUAUAUAUAUAUAUAAAAGAUUUUUUUACUGUUGUCAUAUGAAUAUUUAGGAAUGUCGAAAUCUGCCGAUAUGCAACUUUUUUGGCAGUCUUUUUAAUUAACAGCACAAAUGCGAUUUUAAUUUUUGACGUCGCUUUGGAAUGACAUGCUUCUUUAAGAUCACCCAUGGGAUAAAAUGAAAGUGACUUUCAUAUUUAAUUUUAACUGCAAACGAGCGUACGAUGAACUCUAGUUCAUAAAAAAAUAACAGAAGCCCAUUGUAACUUUUAUUUGUUCGCUGAGGGCAUAUUGAAAACCGUUUAAAAAUAUGAUCCGAAAAAUCACUUGGCCAAAAAUUCAAAUAAUGUUCGACAUACAAUUUUCAAAUUGCCAGUAAUUCUUAAAUACAAAUGACAACCAAAUGGAAUAUACCUUAAAAGUUUUAUAAAGAGUUACAUUUUUAUAAAUUAUAUGCCUGUUUCUAUUAUGUUAUUUCUAAGUGUCCCAUUCCCGAAUAUUUCAGUGCGACCCUCGUACCUACCUAGUGCUAGUUACCGCACUGGGGUGGUAAAUUAGCACCAUAUGUACUGUAAAGAUAUAAAUGAUAAUGCCAGUCCGUCUUUUUUAUCGAUAACUGAGGAGAGAAUAUUUUUAGCAAUAAACGAUAAGGUAACCGUCCCAGCGUUUGACUACCUCAAUUGCAUAGAAAUACGGUGACAAAGGUAAAAUGCCAAACACUGGGACGUUUGCGUGACCAUCAUAGGCUACUACACAUUCCAUCGUCUAGUCAAUUAGCUAACUAUUUAUAAUAAGUAAAAGAAUGAUCUUGUAAAUAUAAUAUAAAUAUAAUUU